CUGUCAGAGGAAAUAAAAAACAACCAUGUUUCCCCCUCAUGCAAAAGCAGUGAUACCCCAGUGACUACAGAGGAAGUAAAAGAAAUAGUGCAGACUGUGAUACAGAAGGAAAUGGAGAGCCUUUACAAUAAAAUGAGUAAAAGUAUACUAGACACAUUGAAUAAGCAACUAAAGGAUGUAAGUGAAGAAUUAUCAAAAGUAAAGGAAUCUAUAGAGUUUAUGAAUGCUGAAUUUGAAGAGUGCAAAAUAGAAAGUAUAGCUAUGAAAAAGAGUUAUAAAGAGCUUCAGGAUGAAAACUGCAAAGUAAAAUCUGCUGUUCAAGAACUAACGAUACGUGUCAACCAACUGGAGCAAAGCGCACGAUCAUCAAAUGCAGAAAUCCAAUGUGUUCCAGAAAGGAAGACGGAAAAUGUCUUAAAUAUUGUUAAGGAUAUAUAUUUGACAGACGGAAAGAACUAUUUUCCAAUUGCCCUUUGUGCUGUCUAUAUUCCCCCACCAAUUCAGUCUAGAGUAUUGGAAUGUUUUCUUAGUAACUGUAAUUCUUUGUUUGAUAAAUUGAAACAAAGGACUUGCAUAGUUGGUGAUUUUAACUUACCUGACGUUAAUUGGAAACUCGUCAAUGACUUGAAUAGCAAUUAUACUGCUUCCUUUAAGGCUCGAAGUCUUAUAGAUUUCUGUUAUAUUAAUAAAUUACGACAGUACAAUUUCGUCGAAAAUAAAAUGAGGAGAAUUCUCGAUUUAGUUCUAAUAAAUAGUUUACAUUGCACUGUUAAUGAGGCAAACGAUAUAUUGACCAUCAUAGAUCCUUUACAUCCUCCGAUUGAAAUACAACUACUUAUAUCUGAAACACGAAAACUAAAAUACAAUUCUAAUGUCAAAAAGCGCAAUUUCUAUAAAGCUGAUUAUGAAAAAAUUCGUGAACACUUAAGUAAAAUUAAUUGGGAUAUGCUAUUCAUGGGGCUAAAUGAUAUAAAUAGUAUUGUUUCAGUUUUUUACAAAAUUGUAAAUUUAGCAAUAGAAAAAUUUGUUCCAUGGAGUACGAUCAAAAGUGAUAAAUAUCCCAUUUGGUUUAGUCGAAGUCUGAUUAACGUAAUAAAGGAAAAAAAUAAGGUGAGGUGUAGACACAAAAAAUAUAAUAACGCAAUGGAUUUACUCAGCCUAAAGUUACUUAAUAAGAGAUGUGAUAAAUUAGCUAAGACCUGCUACAACGUUUAUAUAAAAUCUAUAGAAGAUAAUAUUGUUACAAAUUCAAAAGUUUUUUGGUCUUACAUCAAAAAUAAACGGCAUGGCAAUAGUAAGUAUCCGAGUGCAAUGUCUAAUGGUAGUGUGAUGACAACAGAUGCGACUGAUAUAUGCAAUCAUUUUGCCUCACAUUUCUCCUCAGUAUACACCGUAGACAAUCCAAAUGGGCUUAGACCGAAAAGAGGACCUGGUCCAGACUCUAUUUCACCCUAUUUCAUCACUGAAUGUGCCAUAGAACUGUCUACUCCUCUUUGUUUUAUAUAUAACAAAUCCUUACAAACAGGAUGCUUUCCAGAUAUAUGGAAACUCGCAAAAGUUGUCCCUAUACAUAAAGCGGAUGAUGAUACUUUAGUUAGCAAUUAUAGACCGAUCUCAAUAUUAUCAACCUUUCCCAAAAUAUUUGAAUCAUUAGUAUGUCCCUAUAUCCAAAAUUAUACAAAACAGUUUAUUACAGAUGAUCAGCAUGGAUUUGUCAAAUCUCGUUCGACUUGCUCUAAUUUAGUUACGUUUGUUGAAACGUUGGUAAAAACUGUAGACAUGCAACAGCAAAUAGAUGUAAUAUAUACCGAUUUCAGUAAGGCUUUCGACCGAGUAUCACAUGUUAUGCUUUUAAGAAAGUUAGAAACUUAUGGUUUUUCUGACCCUAUCCUCGCGUGGUUAAGGUCUUAUCUAAAAGGUCGAAAUUAUUUUGUUGUUGUUAAUGGAUUCAGUUCUGACAUAUUUCCCAUCACAUCCGGAGUUCCCCAGGGAUCACAUUUGGGGCCAAUUUUAUUUAACAUAUUUGUUAACGAUAUUCCUAAUUGUUUCUUACAUUCCAAUUGCUUUAUGUAUGCUGAUGACUUAAAAUUUUGUAAAAUUGUUAAUAAAUCGUCAGAUAUGAUACUUCUUCAGGAGGAUUUAACUAGACUUUCUAAAUGGUGUGAUGUUUAUGGAAUGACUCUUAAUCUAAAAAAAUGUGCACAUAUUAAAUUCACUCGCAAAAAUAAUAUUUUCCCAUCAGUUUAUACCCUCAAUGGUGUAGUUAUCCAGGAAGUGGAAACAGUUAAGGACCUGGGUGUAGUAUUUGAUAAAAAGCUUACAUUUAUACCACAACUAGAAAAUGUAAUUAAAAGAUCAUCUCAAGCAUUAGGUUUUGUUAUAAGAAAUAGUAAAGAAUUCCGUAAUGUUACCACAAAAAAACUUUUAUACUUCUCAAUUGUUAGAAAUGACUGUAAAUGUUCCCGGCCGCUCGAUGACUACAACUGGUAUAAGCCUCGGGACUACCGCACCAGUCCGGGCGUCUUAGCUUUGGAGAACUGGCGCCAGAACCCAUUCAUCUGGCUCCACUACGUUGAGAGCAACGAUGGCCUACAGCCAGCUGACUACGUUUUAAGGGCCCACGACACCUGCUUUUGGUCAAUCGAGGAUGUACAGCGCUAUUUUCGCGGUCAGCUACAUUGCGAGGAAGUGCUCUUCACUUGCGAAUAUCCUAAUCUUUCCUUGCCGACUCCUAUCGGACUACACUCUUGGAGGUCUAAUGUUGCUCUUAAACGGCCGUCUGCGAACUAUUUAAAAGAGUUCCACAGGUCUUUGGAAAUUACGCUCAAGAAAAUGGAAGCGGAACAAGCUCAGAUAGACCGGUUGAUUAUUUGCGACCAACUGAUAAAAGUUGAUUUAAUGGAUUACUUCAAGAGAAAAACUUUUUUUCGAAUUCUCUUAAAUAUAUUAAGUUGCCAGGACAGUCUCCAGCUGGUUUCCUUAGAGAACCUCCGCUGCUCGCGGCUAGAGGGCGUGCGAUUGAUCCAGCAACUUGCCUGCUUCAACGCUCACUCACUCAAAUACUUGUUUCUCUGGCAAUUCGUUCGGUCCGAUGAGAACCCUAUACUUGUGAACUACAAUUACAUCACCGGAAGCGGUGAAUACACGCCGCGACCUCAAACUAGUCAGUGCUUCUUACGAAGCCUGGGUGAACUGAGGAACCUGCGCGUGCUCGCACUGGAGUACGCUCAUCUUGCUGACGGUACGGGCACUGCUAUUGUCUCCUUGUUACCAGUCAUCAAAAGGCCCCACUUUAGACUACAGCUUAUAUGCCGCGAGGAGCACACCCCAGGUCGCGCAGACCCAUCUCUCGGCGGAGGCGGGAACGGCGUCCCGGAUUAUGCGUGGCGUCGAGUAGCUAUUGCAUGCCCUGACCUCUACUUAGUUAUGGUCUUUUAUCGUGUGCGAGAUUACGACUUCAUACGACGUUUCUUAAGUCCGAGCGUUCCUCUUAAAGAGGUCCAUCUGCAUCAAGGGAUACGGCUGGAAGGUGAAGACUUCGACGCUAGCAGCUUUGUCCGUCUCAUCGCUGGACACUUCGCGAGCUCGCUAGUUACACUAAGCAUACAGCAGUGGCGUGUAGCAGCGUUCCCGCUGCGUCGCACGCUGGAACUGAUGCCGACGCUGGUGCGAUUUUGCUACGUGGGUUGUCUGGAGGAAACAGAUUUACGGAAUAUGCUACUACUCGUCGCUUGUGGAGUUUGUCACAAACUUAAACAAUUGAAUGUGCAAGUACAAGACAAUGAGUCGAAGCGAGAAUACUGGAAGGGAGUUGUAAAGAGUAUUUCCGAUGAGUUCGCUGACGUCAUGAAACUUUUCGAUGUAGAUUUAUCUUUGAAAAUAUACAAAUGUUGA